AUGGCUGUUAAAUUGAUUUCUGGCGCUUACCAGCUGUCAUUAGUAUCCGAUGACGAACUUUCCAAAUAUAUCGAUGUUUUGAAAAAGUACGGGAUCAAGGAAUUGGACACUGCCCGGGUCUACCCAGAUAACGAGGAAUUCUUGGGCUCCCAUGGUAUUCCCAAAAGCUUCUUAAUCGACACCAAGGCACGCGGGUUUGUCAACGGCUCACUCUCGAAAGAGGGUAUAAUCGGGUCGAUCAAAGAAUCGUUUGAGCUCUUGAAAGUGGAAAGCGUUGAAACUUUCUUUCUCCACUCUCCAGACCCAGACACACCCUUGGAGGAAACCUUGGACACCAUCGGAGCACUUUACAAGGAGGGCAAGUUCAAAAAAUUUGGCAUUUCCAACUACAGCCCAGAAGACGUGCGUAAAAUCUACAACUACAACAAGGAAAAGGGCUACGUUCUUCCCACGGUGUACCAGGGCAAUUACAAUGCGUUUGCGAGAAAAAUCGAGCAGACGCUAUUUCCCGUUCUCGCAGAGUUGAAGAUGUCCUUUUAUGCCUACUCACCCAUUGCCGGUGGAUUUUUGGCCAAGACCCCACAGCAAAUCACGGACGGCGCUGGUCGUUUUGCGCCCAACAAUUUUGCCGGAGUUCUUUACAACAGUCUGUACAACAAACCAUCUCUAAUCAAGGGAUUGGAACAGUGGAAUAAAAUUGCAGAAAAGGCUGGGAUCACCGCUGGAGCCUUGGCCUACCGUUGGGUAGCCCACAACUCGCAACUCAAGGGCGAAUCCGGAGAUGGUGUGAUCAUUGGAGCCAGAAACGCUGAAUCCAUGGCCCAAAACAUAGAGGCGAUCCAAAAGGGUCCUUUGGAUGCAGAGAUCGUGAAGGAAAUUGAUCAAAUAUGGGAGUAUAUCGCCGCAGAAGCACCGCUCGACAACUACGUUGCGUUGAAUAGCCUUUCUGCUUGA